UCCCCAUCCUUCACUCAGAGGCCCAUUCGCUCUCUCUCGCCCCGCCCACCUCCCAUGGCUUUCUUUCGUUCGGUCUCUCGCUCUCUCCUCUGGAGGCACCCCAAGCCCCACGCCUCUCUCUGGCGAUCGCUCUCCGGCGCUGCCCCCAAGGAGGAGAGGAUCGACGCCGCAGGCUAUCACGUCGCCGGCGGCCCAUCCUUCAUGCGGGGAGCCGUCUUCUGGGAGCCCAACCGGCCCCUCACCAUCGAGGAGUUCCACAUGCCCCGCCCCAAAGCCGGCGAGGUCCUCAUCAAAACCAAAGCUUGUGGAGUCUGUCAUUCUGAUCUUCAUGUCAUGAAAGGUGAACUUCCCUUUUCAAGCCCUUGCGUUGUUGGUCAUGAAAUAACCGGAGAGGUUGUUGAUCAUGGUGCACACACGGAUACUGGGGUUAUAAAGAGGUUCCCUAUUGGAAGUCAUGUUGUUGGAGCAUUUAUAAUGCCUUGUGGUAACUGCUGCUUCUGUGUGAAGGGUCAGGAAGAUCUUUGUGAGGCUUUUUUUGCCUACAAUCGUGCAAAGGGAACACUUUAUGAUGGUGAAACCCGACUAUUUCUGCGCAGCAAUGGAAAGCCGGUCUACAUGUACAGCAUGGGCGGACUUGCUGAAUAUUGUGUUGUGCCAGCUAAUGCAUUGGCUGUUCUUCCUAAUUCACUGCCGUACACCGAAUCAGCAAUUCUAGGAUGUGCAGUCUUCACCGCCUAUGGUGCCAUGAGACAUGCAGCUGAAAUGCGAGCUGGUGAUUCAGUUGCUGUAAUUGGAGUUGGUGGUGUUGGAUCAAGAGACUGUUUCCCGCACCCACUCCCGCGCCCGCACCCGCACUUGAAUUCACUUCUGCACUCGCUCCCGCUUCCAGCAAGUAAGAUCGCAAAGGCAUUUGGGGCUGCAGAGAUUAUUGCAGUUGAUGUUCUAGAUGAAAAACUUCAAAGUGCAAGAAUGCUUGGAGCAACUCACACAGUAAAUGCAUUGAAAGAAGAUGUUGUUGACAAGAUCAAGGAAAUCACUGGAGGAAUGGGAGUGGAUGUGGCGGUAGAAGCACUGGGAAAACCAUUAACAUUUAUGCAGUGCACUAAAAGUGUACGAGACGGAGGGAAAGCUGUUAUGAUAGGACUUGCUCCAACAAAUGCUAUGGGUGAAGUAGAUAUAACUCGUCUUGUUCGCAGACAGAUAAAGAUAAUUGGUUCAUAUGGGGCGAGAGCAAGACAAGAUCUUCCCCACUUGGUGAAACUUGCAGAGACUGGCAUUUUCAAUCUCCAAAAUACUGUAUCAAGAAAAUGCAAAUUCGAGGAAGCAAAUAGUGCAUAUGAGGAUCUUAACCAUGGGAAAAUUGUUGGACGAGCGGUGGUUGAGCUGAUGUAGUUGAAGAUGUACGAGUAGUUUGGUUUUGGUAUGAGAUCAUCUUCCACCUUGAUGCUUAUCUUAGUCACUGUUGUUAUUUCUCGUUGUUGUUUUGAUGUGAAUCACUGUCUUUUUUCAUGUCAACAAUAAAAUUAAUCAAAAGUGUAGUUCAAAUGUUUUC